CUCAGCACCUCCCGCUUCUCCAUAUUCCUGGAGCAUCUCCUCACUCCUGGAGCAUAUCCUCACUCCUCCUAGCCUCUACAGCAUCUGGACACAGACAUGUCGACCAUGACUCAGCCCAUUGGGAAGCGCUUCCUCAUGAGGAAGAGUUCAAACGCCGAGAACCUCCCGCCCCCGGCCUUCUCCAAGAAGGCAGACGCUCUCGUCUCGGCGCGCGAGGCCUCUCGCAGGCGGCGCGCACGCGUCGUCAGUGGCCACCUUCCUCUCAAGGCCAAGAAGGUCAUCCAGAACAUGCAGCGGCGCGCCAGCAAGACCACCCAGUUCGCGUCCAAGCCUGUCAAGGCUACCGUGGCCCCUGCGAAGACCUCCCUUCCUGCACUGUCCGCUCCUGCUGAAGUCAUCGACGUGGACGCGCUACCCGAUGCUGUCGCUACGCAAGCCGUUCCAUCUGAGUCGCAGUUCAAGGGUGAGCCCACGCUCAACUUCCCGCGCUUUCUUCGCCGUCCGCCCCCGUCGGUGUGGCCCGUUCAGUUUGAACGCGAGAACAUCGACGCGUGUCACCCUGACAUCGCGGAGAACAAGGUACCGUUCGAGUACCUCCAAGACGCGUUGGAAGCCUAUGGCAGUGUGAUGUGGGACAUGGUGAAGGGUGCUCGCAUCGACAGGUCCACCAUGGGCCGUCGUUCUGCGCUUCCUGACGAGGUCAGUGUAUUCGUCGCGGACCACAUCGUCAUGCGGACCCCGCCCGCCUAUGUCAACGCGCCGACCUUCCCUACGCACGUCCUCGCCGUCUGGGAACUCCCCUUCGCGCAUCCCGUCCGCCGUCCGUCUGCCGCAGCCGCGAGCGCGAAGCGCAAGGUCUCCCUCAUCCCUAUCCAUAAUCUCAACGCUUCCAUGUUCUUUGCGAAGUGGUUCAAGCUUGUUCCGUCGAACUCCCCCGGGAAACGCGAGACCGACGCGUUCGGCGUGGCGGGUACGGAGCUCAAGCUCCCCGUCGUCCCUCUCGCGGUCCCGCACCCGGAGUCCUUCCUCCUGCUCCUUCAGACGGCGUACGUCCACAAGGUGUCUUUUCUCCUCGACCAGCUCGUCCCCGUCCAGAAGCCGGUCGUCGUCUUCCCCACGCCCGAGAACCCGCGCCCGCAGAACCCGCACUACAUCGACGAGACGGGCCGGCGGCUCGCCGCGCGCUACACGCCCCAAGCGAUUAUUGAAAUGAUUGGCAUGGUCAUCGGUCUCUGGCAGAACGCCAUCUACCUUGGCGCGAGCGACCGCCGGCUGUGGGUGGGGAUCGACUGGAGCUACGACAUGCUCCUGACGGGCCUCGGGUACGCGCUCGGGCACCCGGAGCUUGUGCCCCGCCCGGACCCGUCGCAGUACCGGUGGGCGCCCGUUCAGGUGCCGAAGGCGUGAGCGACGUCCUGGUCUCGAUGUGCUCUGUGACUCCCCUUCGUUCUGAUUUUGGUGCGGGCGGCUCCCGGCGACUCAUGCAAAUACUCGACUGUUCAUCAACAUCAUAUAUGCAUUACUACCCCCCAUCGUCAUAUGCACUUAUCUCCUUUGCCGUAAUUACUCUAUGCCCCAUAUGCCCAUCACCCCAACGCACAUAUAUGCUCUCCUGCGAUACAUCCUCCUUUUCGUCGCCGACUCCCCGCUUCGCACCGUAUCUUUAUUACUUUCUUGAAACGUUUGAUUUGUUUGGAGAAGGUAGUCGAAGAAUCAAUAUGUACCCUACUGUAACAUAGAAUGACAUGACACCGUGUACUUGUUCAUCUCUCCGGACUGGCUGCAAAUGGAAUCGCCUGAAAAUGAUUUGGACAAGACUGAAGCUACAACAGCAAUGACGCGUAUCGCGUGCUUUCGAACAGGACCCAGAGGCAAAGCAAACAGCUUGCGCAGCAGACGAACAAGAGUUUACUCCAAGCUGUGAACGUCGGAGGUGGCUCAGGAAAGCACACGUCCUUCUUUGCCUUCCACAGGGAUGCAUACGCAGCAGAGCUUUCCGGGCGGCCUGGCGCCCGAGUCGGCUCGAAACUCCUCAUGUGCGCGGCGCAGCAGCCCCGGGCCUCCUCGUCGAAGGCGCAGUCGUACUCCGCCCACACGUCCCUGUUCGUGACGAGGAUCUGCUCCACCCCAUGCGCGUUCUGCAGCGUCAGCUCCUGCGCGUUCUCCGGGCAGCAGUACGUGAGCCGCUUGAACGCCCGCCCCAGCAACGCACGCCGUGCGCCCGCCUCGAAGAGCAUGUGGGUCGCCGAUCCCUGCGCGUCGAGAUGCCGCGCGGAGGCCCCGAGGGUGAUGUACGUGACGGAGGCGAGGCCGGGGCAGAGGACGGGCUCGGAGCGCGUGAGCGUCCACACGAGCUGGACGAGCGUCUCCCCCUCGACGUCGCGCACGACGAGCUCGGUGAGGUGCGGCAUGUACGGGAGCAGGCGCGCCAACGAGUCCUGGUAGACGGAGUUGACGCGAUGCGCGUCCCAGGGGCUUUGGAUGCGCAGGAUGCGCACGGACCCGAGGGCGCGCACCAUUUGUGCGCGUAGGGGCGCGCGGGCGGCGAGGCCUGCGCUGCUGCCGGGCCUUUCUGGGGCAAGGCGUUGCGCGUACGCGAAGUGGAUCGUCUGCGAGUUGCCGCUGCAGGCGUACGCCGUCCCCUGGUCGUCGAUGCUGAGCGCUGAGGUGGGCGACGGCCC